GAGCCUCACCGUGAAGCACAGCUCUGCAGCGCUGCUCGGGGGGCUCAUGUGAGACUGGGCGUUGAAGGAUUUCCUCUCUGGUCACAAAUCUAUGUCAGUGCAAGAUUAUGGACUUUGGGUCACAGACGCGUUUAUCCUGAGCUUUUGGAACGCCGAAAUAUAAAGAAAGAACAAAUGGCACCAGUUCAUUGGCUCUGUUAGCUGUUCUUUCUGCAACAGGUCAAGACUCAGCGUGCUCGGACUAGGAACUGCGCAGGGCUGGGAAGGGACGACAACGGGCAAGAGGAUCAACACUGUGUAGAUGCCCUCCCUGCUGCUUAUGGCCUGUAUUCUGCAGACAUGUCUGGCACUAUUUCCAGUCCUGCUUCACAUGUUGGACAGGUCCCUGAGGUCAAUCCUGUGGCUGGACUCCUCACUAAAGAGGAAACUAGCGCCACCACAUGUUUAACUGUCCACCUGUACCACAUAGGAAAGAGAGAGGGAGACAAAGCAGAGGACAACAACGGAAGCAAGCUAUCAUUUCCAGCUGGAGAGUAUGCAGCAGAGGAGCUGUGUGUUAUUGCAGCAAAAGCCUGUGGUAUUGCCCCAGUGCAUUGUAGCCUGUUCAGCCUGAUGAGAGAAAGUGAAUGCAUUUGGUUUCCCCCUAAUCAUGUCUUUAAAGUUCACCCAUUGGCCAUAGAAUACUUGCAUUUCAGAAUUAGAUACUAUUUUCCAGGUUGGUUCAACACUGGGAAACCCUCCUAUGCACAUCGCUAUGGUGUCUGCAAAGGCUCUGAGAGUCCUGUCAUGGAUGACACAGUCAUGGCAUAUAAUUUUUUUCAGUGGCGCAGUGAUUAUCUGACCGGCCGGGUACAUGUGCCUGUGAGCCACGAGGCCCAGGAGGAGUGUCUGGGCAUGGCCGUGCUGGAUAUGAUGAGACUUGCUAAAGAGAGUGACCAAUCACCAGUAGACAUCUACAACUAUAACAGCUACAAAUCCUUCCUCCCCAGCUGCAUAAGAAAGCGUAUUCAGGAGUACAACAUCUUGACUCGAAAGAGAAUCCGCUAUCGCUUCCGGAGGUUCAUCCAUCAGUUCAGUGAGUGCAAGGCCACGCUCUGUAAUCUCAAACUCAAAUACCUGAUGAGCCUGGAGAUGCUGCUGCCUUCUCUCUACACUGAGUGCUUCACUGUUUCUGAUAUCUCUGCCAAUCAAGUCACCAUAGUCAUCAUGGGCAACAAGGGCAUCCAGUGGUCAAAACUGAAAGACGCCGAGGGUUCAGAUGAGGAGCUACAAACAUAUUGUGACUUCCCGGAGGUGAUUGACAUUAGUAUCAAACAGGCAAAUAAAGAAGGCUCUGCAGAAAGUCGCAUAGUCACCCUCACCAGACAAGACAGCCAGACUCUUGAGUUAGAGUUUCACUCGCUGUCAGAGGCCCUCUCAUUUGUGUCAUUAGUCGAUGGGUAUUACAGGCUGGUGACAGACGCCCAUCAUUAUCUGUGUAAAGAAGUGGCUCCCCCCAGACUUCUUGAAUGCAUUCAAAGCUACUGCCAUGGCCCUGUUUCAAUGGAGUUUACAGUCAGUAAGCUACGUCAGAGUGGGAAUCACCAAGGCUUAUACAUCUUACGGUGUAGUCCCAGAGACUAUGAUAAAUUCUUUAUGUCAUUUGUGGUUGGGUAUGACUCAAAGGUGGACUAUAAGCAUUGCCAGAUAGUGAAGACAGAGGUAGGGGAGUAUACUCUGAGUGGUGCCAAGAGAAGCUUUGGAUCACUGAAGGAGCUUUUAAACUGCUACCAAAAGGAGGCGCUUCGCACAGACGGAUAUAACUUUCAGCUCACAAAAUGCUGUGCACCAAGCCCUAAAGAUAAGUCCAAUUUACUGGUGUGUAGAAACAGCCAAGGAGCUGAUGUUCCACUGUCUCCAUCGCUACAAAAACACAACAUCAGCCAGAUGGUCUUUCACAAGAUCCGAAGAGAAGACCUUGACAUUAGCAAGAGCCUGGGCCAAGGGACUUUCACCAAGAUUUUCUGUGGAGUUCGUAAGGAGCUGGGAGACUAUGGAGAGGUUCAUAAAAUAGACGUUGUUAUUAAGAUAUUGGAUAAGGCUCAACGCAACUACUCAGAGUCAUUCUAUGAAGCAGCCAGUAUGAUGAGCCAAUUGUCCCAUAAGCAUCUUCUCCUCAUUUAUGGUGUGUGCGUUUGCGGGGAUGAAAACAUGAUGGUGCAGGAGUAUGGAAAGUUUGGCUCAUUGGAUAUCUACUUGAAAAAGAAUAAAAGUAGUGUGAAUAUUACCUGGAAGCUAGAGGUUGCCAAACAGUUGGCCUGGGCCAUGCACUAUCUGGAGAACAAAAGCCUCAUACAUGGAAAUGUUUGUGCUAAAAAUGUCCUCUUGAUCCGAGAAGAGGAUCGGAAAUCGGGCAGUCUUCCUUUCAUCAAGCUGUCUGACCCUGGCAUCAGCAUCACAGUCCUGGCCAAAGAAGUCUUAGUGGAACGUAUCCCAUGGGUGCCUCCAGAAUGCAUUGAAAACGCCCAGAAUCUCAGUUUGGCCACAGACAAGUGGGCAUUUGGGACAACUCUGUGGGAAAUAUGCAGUGGUGGGGAAAAACCUCUGAGCACUUUAGACAGCUUCAAGAAAAACCUGUUUUAUGAAGACAGACAUCAGUUGCCUGCUCCAAAGUGGACAGAACUGGCCAAUCUCAUUAACAACUGCAUGGACUAUGAACCAUCGCAUAGGCCAUCCUUCAAGGCAGUGAUCAGAGACCUCAACUCUCUCUUUACCCCAGACUAUGAGCUGCUGGUGGAGAGUGACAUGGUGCCCAAUAGGACUCGAGUAUUUGGCUUUCCUUGGACUUACGACAACCAGGAACCUGCCCAGUUUGAAGAAAGGCACCUUAUUUUUCUCAAGCAGUUGGGCAAAGGGAAUUUUGGCAGUGUGGAGAUGUGCCGGUAUGACCCGUUACAGGACAGCACAGGGGAAGUGGUAGCAGUGAAAAAACUGCAACACAGCACAGCAGAACACCUGCGUGACUUUGAGCGGGAGAUCGACAUACUAAAGUCCCUCCAGCAUGAGAAUAUUGUCAAAUACAAAGGCGUCUGUUACAGUGCAGGUCGAAGAAAUCUGCGGCUUAUUAUGGAAUAUCUCCCUUAUGGAAGCCUGAGAGAUUACCUUAUUAAAAACAAAGACCACAUUGAUACCAGCAAACUUCUGCACUAUGCCUCUCAAAUUUGCAAGGGUAUGGACUACCUAGCCAUGAAGCGCUACAUCCACAGAGAUUUGGCAACCCGAAAUAUCCUGGUUGAGAGCGAGAUGAGAGUGAAGAUAGGUGAUUUUGGACUCACAAAAAUGUUGCCACAAGACAAAGAGUACUACACUGUCAGAGAACCUGGUGAAAGUCCCAUUUUCUGGUAUGCGCCAGAAUCACUGACACAAAGCAAGUUUUCUGUGGCGUCAGACGUGUGGAGCUUUGGUGUAGUUCUCUAUGAACUUUUUACCUACAGUGACAAGAACUGCAGUCCCCCAGCGGUAUUCAUGGAGAAAAUGGGAAAAGAAAAGCAGGGCCAGAUGAUUGUGUACCAUUUAAUAGAUUUGCUGAAUAAGGACUUCAGACUGCCAGCUCCAGAAAAUUGCCCCAAAGAGAUUCACAAAAUGAUGAUAGAGUGCUGGAGCAGUGACCCUACAAAGCGGCCUACAUUUAAGACUUUAAUGCACAAUGUAGAAAGUAUAAGAGACAGCAAUAAUCAUUGACGGACCUUUGGCCUUUAAGUGUGGAGAGCCUCGAGUCAAUUCGGACUUUGUGAAUGUCACUGAUUGGCCAGUUGAAGCAUUCGAGGAAACAGGUGUCAAAAGUGGUAUGGCUUGACUAAGUAUUAUAUUACUUCAUUGUCUGACAAAUGAAAUAAGUAAGUGUGCUCAAAUAAUAUGGGUAAACCACAAACAUCAUAAUAGAUAUAUUUUAGUAGUUAUCUUGUCUAUAUUUUCUUAAAAAUAAAAAUAAAAAACUACCCAGCUCAGAACCUACAACAAGGAUGUCCUUAUGGUGCUUUGGUCAAUGUGAAUAUGUUAGAUAAAAGAAAACAAUGUUACACUGUUACUGAAUUCAUGGUUUCAGUUAAAUUUUAUUGGCAACAUUUUGAGGACUUUUCACCAUUCAAAAAUAGGAUAUUUUGUGUUCAAUUGCUAAUUGCUUUCUGAAACCCAUAUUGAAAUGUAAUUUGACUGUACCUUUAUGUAUUGUUGUGGUAUGUGAAGUAAAUGUGAUGUGAUUUGAAGAGUGUCCGCAAAACAGUAGUGCAAAAAGUAAAUUAUUAUUAGUGGUUAUUGCCAUUUAAAUAACAUGGUAACUUGUUUGGGUUUUUUUUUGUUUUUUUUCUUUUAUAUCAAACAUUAGGCCAGUGGGAUUUCAGACACAAAUUAGUGAAUGUCUGGCACAUUUUUUGGGAAAAAAUUGAAGUUAAACCUAUUAAAAAGGGGCUGUAAAUAGAUAUAUGCUAUAAUGCUAAUAAAUAUGUGCUAUAUAUUCAUUCAGGGUCAUAAUGGUAUAUGUUAGUAUGAAGCAUAUGCUCAUUGCUUAAAAUAUCUUGAAAAACAUGCACUAUUACUCUCCACAGAUCUGAACUGGAACUUGGCCUGAUGACAGCACUUGCUUGUUUUCAUGAAUAUGGAUAAGUUUAAUAUCAUAAUGUGGAUCGGUCUGGGCAAAUUAUAACAUCUCUAUGGAGACGAGCAUCAGACCCUCCACCAGAAAAGUUACGCAGUGCACCUUAAAGUGAUUUUUUUCUUGUCAACUUAUUCUUUUCUUUUCACCUUAUUGUCAGUUGACUGUUGUGCGGUUAAUUUAAGAAUGUUUUGCAGCUGAUUGAAAUAGUUUGUUAUGCAGUAGGAAUUAGAUUUAUUUUUAAACAUAAUACUUUUUGUACAGAAUAUUGUGAAAAAUAUGUUGACUGGCAUUUCUACAUUUAGUGCAUUCCUGUAAAGACAAGUUUGGACAGUAUUUUAGGCCACUGUAAAACAAAAUGUCUGUGUAAAUACAUGCAUUGCAGUUACAUG